GCCUCCCUGGGCCAGGCUCCGGGGCCCCUCUUCCAACAAGCGCAGGUCUCCCACACGCUGAGCCUCCUGGCUUUGGGUUCCCCCCACCCCGCCCCUUUCCCUUUCCUGGAUGAAAUUCCUGCCAGUUUGGAAGGAAGGAGGGAAGGGGAGCGAGGCGCAGCUUAGAAAGCUUCCUUGACUCCUCCUCCGCCUGUCUCCCUCCCUUGCCAAGUCCAGCCUGUGAAACUGAAUAACGACGAUCACUCAACAAUGCGUGCCCCUCUCUGACGGCAAGGUCCCUGCGCUCCCGCCGCCGCCGAGCAGAGCCCGCGGGGCGGCCCCUACCGACGGCGCAGCCCGCGGGACCCGAAGGCCGCUGCGCCCUGCGCUCGCCCGAGCACCCGCCAGGUGCUCCGUAGCCCGGCCGCCGAGAUGCCCAGCCCGCGCGGGGUCUGGGCGCUGUGGCUCUGCGCCGCGCUGUGCGCCUCCUGGGGCGCGGACGGCGUCCCCCAGCCCGGACAGGGGCGCGCCGCCUGCCCGGCCCCCUGCCACUGCCAGGAGGAUGGCAUCAUGCUGUCGGCCGACUGCUCGGAGCUCGGGCUCUCCGCUGUGCCAGGGGACCUGGAUCCCCUGACGGCUUACCUAGAUCUCAGCAUGAACAACCUCACCGAGCUUCAGCCUGGCUUCUUCCGGCACCUGCGUUUCCUGGAGGAGCUGCGUCUCUCGGGGAACCAUCUCUCCCACAUCCCGGGACAAGCAUUCUCUGGCCUCUACAGCCUGAAAAUCCUGAUGCUGCAGAACAACCAGCUGGGAGGAAUUCCCGCCGAGGCACUGUGGGAGCUGCCGAGCCUGCAGUCUCUGCGCCUAGAUGCCAACCUCAUCUCCCUGGUCCCGGAGAGGAGCUUUGAGGGGCUGUCUUCCCUCCGUCACCUCUGGCUGGAUGACAAUGCACUCACCGAGAUCCCUGUCAGAGCCCUCAACAACCUUCCUGCCCUGCAGGCCAUGACCCUGGCCCUCAACCGCAUCAGCCACAUCCCUGACUUCGCCUUCCAGAACCUCACCAGCCUUGUGGUGCUGCAUCUGCAUAACAACCGCAUCCAGCACCUGGGGACCCACAGCUUCGAGGGGCUGCGCAAUCUGGAGACACUGGACCUGAAUUAUAACGAGCUGCAGGAGUUUCCCGUGGCCAUCCGGACCCUGGGCAGACUGCAGGAACUGGGCUUCCACAACAACAACAUCAAGGCCAUCCCUGAGAAGGCCUUCAUGGGCAACCCUCUGCUGCAGACGAUACACUUUUAUGAUAACCCAAUCCAGUCUGUGGGAAGGUCGGCCUUCCAAUACCUGCCUAAACUACACACACUGUCCCUGAACGGUGCCACAGACAUCCAGGAGUUCCCAGACCUCAAAGGCACCACCAGCCUGGAGAUCUUGACCCUGACCCGCGCGGGCAUCCGGCUGCUCCCACCAGGGAUGUGCCAGCAGCUUCCCAGGCUCCGAGUCCUGGAGCUGUCCCAUAAUCAGAUCGAGGAGCUGCCCAGCCUGCACAGGUGUCAGAAGUUGGAGGAAAUUGGCCUCCAACACAACCGCAUCUGGGAAAUUGGAGUGGACACCUUCAGCCAGCUGAGCUCCUUACAAGCCCUGGAUCUAAGCUGGAACUCCAUUCGGUCCAUCCACCCAGAGGCCUUCUCCACUCUGCGCUCCCUGGUGAAGCUGGACCUGACAGACAACCAGCUGACCACAUUGCCCUUGGCCGGGCUUGGGGGCCUGAUGCAUCUGAAGCUCAAAGGGAACCUGGCUCUGUCUCAGGCCUUCUCCAAGGACAGUUUCCCAAAACUGAGGAUCCUGGAGGUGCCCUAUGCCUACCAGUGCUGUGCCUAUGGUGCCUGUGCCAGCUUCUCUAAGGCCUCUGGGCAGUGGCAGGCUGAGGACUUCUACCUGGAGGAGGAGGAGGCUCCAAAGAAGCCCCUGGGCUUCCUUGCUGGACAAGCUGAGACCCACUAUGACCUGGACCUGGACGAGCUCCAGCUGGAGAUGGAGGACUCAAAGCCACACCCCAGUGUCCAGUGCAGUCCUGUUCCAGGCCCCUUCAAGCCCUGCGAGCACCUCUUCGAGAGCUGGGGCAUCCGCCUAGCCGUGUGGGCCAUCGCGCUGCUCUCUGUGCUCUGCAACGGGCUGGUGCUGCUGACCGUGUUUGCCGCCGGCCCCGGGCCCCUGCCCCCGGUCAAGUUCGUGGUCGGUGCGAUUGCGGGCGCCAACACCCUGACCGGCGUCUCCUGCGGCCUCCUGGCCUCGGUGGACGCCGUGACCUUCGGCCAUUUCGCCGAGUACGGAGCGCGCUGGGAGACCGGGCUGGGCUGCCGCGCCACCGGCUUCCUGGCGGUGCUGGGCUCCGAGGCUGCCGUGCUGCUGCUGGCGCUGGCGGCCGUGCAGGGCAGCGUGUCCGCCGCCUGCGUGCGCGCCCGCGGCAAGGCGCCCGCCCUGGGCAGCGUCCGCGCGGGGGCGCUGCUAUGCCUGGCGCUGGCUGCGCUCGCCGCCGCGCUGCCCCUCGCCUCUGUCGGGGACUACGGCGCGACCCCGCUGUGCCUGCCCUACGCCCCGCCCGACGGCCAGACCGCCACCCUGGGCUUCGCCGUGGCCCUGGUCAUGCUGAACUCCUCCUGCUUCCUCGUGGUGGCCGGGGCCUACAUCAGGCUCUACUGUGACCUGCCGCGGGGCGACUUCGAGGCAGUGUGGGACUGCGCCAUGGUGAGGCACGUGGCCUGGCUCAUCUUCACCGAUGCGCUCCUCUACUGCCCCGUGGCCUUCCUCAGCUUCGCCUCCAUGCUGGGCCUCUUCCCGGUCACCCCUGAGGCGCUCAAGUCGGUCCUGCUCGUGGUGUUGCCCCUGCCUGCCUGCCUGAACCCCCUGCUCUACCUGCUCUUCAACCCCCACUUCCGCGAUGACCUUCGGAGGCUCUGUCCCUGGGCAGGGCCCCCGGGCGCCCUAGCCUACGCUGCUGCCAGCGAGUUGGAGAAGAGCUCCUGCGACUCCACCCAGGCUCUGGUGGCCUUCUCUGAUGUGGAUCUCAUUCUGGAAGCCUCUGAGGCUGGGCGGCCCCCUGGGCUGGAGACCUACGGCUUUCCCUCAGUGACCCUCGUCUCCUGCCAGCAGCCAGUGGCCCCCAGGUUAGAGGGAAGCCAUUUUGCGGUGCCAGAGGGGACCCACUUUGGGACCCCACAGCCCUCCCUGGAUGGAGGACUGCUGCUGAGAGCAGAGGGAGCCUCAGGGGGGCGCUCCUCAGCGGGUGGGGUCUUCCGGCCCUCUGGCUCCGUCUGUGCCUCACACCUGUAAAUGUCCCUCCACUCUUCUCUGCCACUUCCCUUCCCUCCUUUCCCGCUCCGUGAAUGAUGGCUGCUUGUGAAAUAAAUAUGUACAACCACCCUUCAACAGUGUGACGGACCCGCAGCAGGCCGGGCCAGGUCCUGGCUCCUUUCUCCCUCGGCCUUCACCUUGAGUGCUUCUUGGCCUACUUUCCCCUUGGCCUUUCUCAGUUUCAUCUUCGUUGCUGGCCUCUUCCCUGUCGUGUCCAAAGCUGUGGACGAGAGAGCUCAAGCUGCUUAAGGGAAGUGAGGGAAGUAGAAGUGAAGGGAGUAGGGACCAGGACAGGGUCAGGAUCAGGGCACAGAGGACAGGGAGAACUUGGAGGUCUGGAAGGGAACCACCAAAGGCAUUUGGGCCUGUCUCCUGUGACUCAUAGAAGGGAUACAAAAAUGUUCUGUGUUCCAUUAGUCUUGAUACAUGGCAUGCAAAAACACUUGCUAUAAAAUAAGCUUUGGAAGAGAUGGCACAUUGUGUCCCUUUCUUCGAGAGCCCCAGGGCAUGGCAGCGUAGUAAAGGCCCUGAAAAUUCCUGCAGCAGUAAAAACUAUUGAAUUUUGGUUGACCCAGUUGGUUCCCCAAAACUGUUUGACAACAGGUUUUUGUCUGGUUGGUUGGUCUUCAUGGAAUACCCGUUGAUAUCUCAGGAAACCUAGCAUUGUGUUCUCCCAAGAGGCUCAUAUCUGGAUCACAUAGUGCUACCCAGUGACAUCACAAGAUGCUACCACUCCUUGAAAGCCCAUACCCUAGGAAAUCUACCUGGGAUGAAACGUCAGGAACAACUAGCCUUCCACCAGCCAGGACCGAUUCUCCCCACUUUACCUUCCACCCUGCUUCUUCUACCAGGGAAAGGAUGGGAAGGAGCCAGGCUCAAGCCCUCAUGGAACAGGGAGAAAAGGGCCUCCCCCCCACCCCGUAUGUGCCCCCACCCCCUACACACCUAAUCACCAAUGACACACCUCCAGCACCAGGGAAGGUUCCUGGAGCCUGGCAAGGUACACAAGGAAGUGUGUGGCUGUCUACCUGGGUUCCCUCUGGCUGAGUUGCCUUCUUAUGGUGCUCUAUCAUAUAUGCCCCGCCACUUCCUACCACUAGACGGGUCCUCCUUUCUCAUCCCAGAUCCUGCCAAAGAGAAGGGAUAUUUUUAUUCCAGGCAUUGUAUUUUAGGAAGUAUUGAUAUCUGGGACUCCUGGGUGCCCCAAACAAGCCGCUGACCCUUCUGCCUCUCCCCUCAUGACCGUCAUACCUUAUGGCUUAACAAACCUUAUGGGUUUUUCCAGAGUGCCCUGCCCCAUCCUACAUAUGCCUUCAAUCUCAGCUGGGUCAUUCUUGUAGACACAGAGGAUGAUUCUUUUUUUUUUGGUACAGGGGAUUGAACUUGAGUCCUUGCGCUUGCGUAGCAGGCAGCGAAACCACUGAGCUAAAUCCCCGGCCCUAGAGGACUAUUCUUGCUGACAUAAAAAGAGAAUCCAGGGAUGGAUGUAGCUUAGUGGUAGAAUGUUUGCCUAGCAUGCACAAAGCCCUGGGUUUGAUCCCCUGAAUCCUGUCAUGGUCCUCAGCUGAGUUCUACUGCAAAGGGCUCCAUUAUUAAGACAGCCCUGAGAAAGCCCUUCUCCUAAUUUCGAAGUUCAAGUUUCUGCAAUUUAGUUUCUCUGCUAUCUCUCUGCUGCUCCCGUGCCCAGUGGAACUUCUGACAUAGGUCCACAAGGCUGUCUAGACUGGGAUGGAGGCACGAGGCAAGAGAUCAUUCAUGGAACCUACACAUCUCUAAAUCUCAUUUGACCAGUGUAGUCACCUGGACUCUUACAGGCUCUGAACCUCAGUAUGCUGAACUGUUAAUUCCGUAGGGUCCUGAGCAUGGGGUAAACUCACUAAAUGACGGCACAUUUAUUUAUCAACUGUUUGAGGAUCUUGUGUCUCCCUAUUUGCCCAGGGCUGAACAAAGCUCGGGCCUUGAUGGAGGGAGUUACUCUGGGUACUAAGAAUUGAUAAUUCUUAUCAAGGAAAGGAGUCCUGUGAGGUAUCCCAGGGAUAACAAAAUUGGUGUGACUUUUGGAAGGCUUGACUUCUAGGAAGUUACUGAAGAACCCCACCCCCACCACCAUGUGAUCACUGCUCCCCUUGGAGGUAGAGAGCCAGGCUGGAGGUGGAAUGGAGAGGUCAUGUGUUAGAGAUGUAGUUCUAGAAGCUGUUCCCUACAGGUGGCCUCUUCUAUGAAAAAGUGGACCUUGUUUCUUGGCUUUGAGCUUUAGGGUGGCACUGCUGUCACCUUACCGUCUACUUCUAAAGAGGUGGGCAUCUGCUGAAGUGGAACUUUGUGGUCACAAGAGAGGUGUGGGAGAAGGGAGUGGAGGCAUUUGCCAUAAACUAUUUUCAUUGUUCAAAAAGUCUAGUUGAUAUUGUACAUUUACCCAAACUAAGAUUGUUUAGCUGUUUGUUUUUUGUUUUUGACUGAGUUUCUAGAAAGUCAGUAUAUUACUCCUUUGGUUAUCUACUUUGUGAUCAGCAGAUUAUGAAAAUUGUAUAUGUCUUUGAUUAAUCACAAAAUCAAAAACCAAGUUGCUCAAUGCCCAUAAAUUCAUUUUGUCUGGUUGAUAAAAUCUACCAAAAUGUUGUCCAUGGGAAAGGAUCCACCCAGGGGGGCCAUGGUGAUAGAAAUGUUGCCAAUACCUGACCUGUUAUGUGCCGCCCUGGGCUCUGUGUGUUAUGCCUUGGCCACUGGUACCAACCAGUGUCCUCUCAGACUGACUUGUGAAGGGGAAUUUCUUAUGGCCAUAGUUUGCUAAGCAGCUCUGUACACACCAAAAAGGAAAACCCAAAGAAUCCAGAGCUAAAAUGGGAAGACUAUGGACUAAACAGAUUUAAUAGCUGGGCCUUCUCCCUGCCUUCAUUACCCAACUUCAUAGUUUCUUUCUCUGGAAGAAUAAAGGCUUAAAGAAUAGAGAAGAAGAAGAAAGUGCUGACAACAGUUACUAGGCCUGAGUAGGCAAGGAUGGUGGGAGAUAACUAAAGCCCUGAUCCCUUCUGGCACCGUCCCCUCUAACUACCUCCACUCUGGUUUAGCAAGUUCUCCCAACCAUUGUCCACCACUCCUAUUGUCCCUUCUGGGUUCCAGUCCCAUGUCCUCUCCAGUUGGGUGAAAUAUAAGAAUUGUCAAGAUGUAAAUAUUUGGGCUCUUCUGUGUAAUAAAGCACCACUGGAGUAC